AUGAUUCGCGCCAUCGUCUACUUAGCACUGGCCAUUUCGGCUAAUGGAAUACCGCAACCAAGGCUCGUUUACCCCCGCCUACUCGAGGAACGUUCACCCGAUGGAAGAAUGGUGAUGCACUUACACGAUCAACUGACGCUGAACCUUAGAAAGGCGUCGGUGGCGGCUCGCAACUUCCGUGUUCUGGAACACGAAGAUGGACACGAAGUAACUCAUUUUUUCGACGGGAGAGACCUGGAACAGAAUCUUCACGAAGAUGAAAAGCAAUUCGCUACAGUGCACGUCACAAGAAUAGGCGACGGGAUCGAAGUUGAAGGUGUGGUGGGACCACACCACAGGAUCGAACCAAUGCUCACAAUGGAGAGAUCAGAAGAGGGCCUCAUUCCGCACAUGAUACACGAAAUUGAGAAGAAGGAAAUGGUAGACAUUGAGAAAGCAAUACCUGAAAAAGAUGCUUGGACCACGAAUGAGAGGAGCUCAGGCACUGAAAACGUCCCCGUAGAAGUUAUAAUAGAAAUUUUUGUGGUCAGCGAUGUAUUGCAUUUCGGCCACUUCAGUACUACGGUUCAACUAAUAUAUUACCUCUGCGUACAGAUCAACUCGGUUAACCUAAGGUACUCAGACACAAGCGGGCCAAGGGUGAAAUUUCGUCUAACCGGAGUCGAGAGAGACCACCAUAGCCCUUAUAAGAAUGGCACCGGCAAACUGUUGGAAAGCUCAUCUUCACUCGAGAACUUUCGGCUGUACGCCGAUAGCAAAAGCUACGAAUACGGUAAACCAGAUAUGGUGUACCUGAUGACUGGGUUGAACGUGUACUCCAAAGCAGCCGACGGCACGCAGGACCUGAAUGUGUUAGGAAUCGGCUUCGUAGCUGGCUUGUGCACCAAGUUCUUCGUAGCCCUUGGUGAAGACAUCGCUGGUACCUACAGCGGAAUGCAUACGCUCACCCACGAGGCGGGCCACGU